AAUGGAGUUUGAGCUCAUGGAUUGGAAAGAAAAACACAAAUGGGCGAAGCAUUACAGAGGAAAAAUGGCAGAAGAAGGAAGGAUGAAUUCAAGGUGCUAUUUCUGGUGGCACUGGCCAUCUUUGGGACACAAUCUCAUGGAUAUGAGGUUUAUAACAUCAUCAGCCCAACUGACAAUGGUGGCCCUAUUCAGGAGACAAUGACAAUUGACAAUGAAAAAAAUACCGCCGUGAUUAACAUCCAUGCAGGAUCAUGCUCCUCUACCACAAUUUUUGACUAUAAACAUGGCUACAUCGCCUCCAGGGUGCUCUCCCGAAGAGCCUGCUACAUCUUGAAGAUGAACCAUAAGGCCAUCCCUGCUCUGGACCAACUCCAACGGUACAUCUUUGAGGGGCAGGCUUUGAACAACAUGUUCUCCGACAAAUACAUCUGGGUCAAGUAUAACCCACUGCAGUCUCUGAUCACAGAUGUGGAUUGGUUCCUGUUUGGAUCACCCAUCAGGCAGCUCUGCGAACAUAUCCCCUUGUACAAAGGGGAAGUGGCUGAAAAGACACAUGAUACUUGUGCUGAAGGCUGUGCAAAGGCUGGGCUCCUGGGCAUCUUGGGAAUUUCCAUCUGUGCAGACCUUCACAUUUAAGGCAUCAGCCCACUGGUUUCAUCUUUUCAGAGAAAUACACGUUUCCACUCA